AUGCGGGAAAAAACAGUCCUGAUAACAGGCUGCAGCCAGGGAGGCAUCGGCGCCUCCCUUGUCCGGGCCUUCCACUCCAGGGGCUACCAUGUCUUCGCAACGCUACGCAACAAAUCCAAAGCCGAGCCCCUUUUUCUUCAGUCUGAAAAUAUUUCUGUCGUUGAUUUAGAAAUCACAUCCCGGGAGUCAAUCAGAGCAUGCGCCGAAUAUGUCGCUCAACGUACCGGCGGUUCACUCGAUGUCCUGAUCAACAAUGCCGGCAUGGGCCUCUGUAGUCCAUUGCUAGAUACGGAUAUCGACGAGGCGAAGAAAGUGUACGAUUUAAAUGUUUGGGGUGUUCUUGCCAUGACCCAGGCUUUUGCGCCGAUGCUGGUUCAAGCGAAGGGUACGGUGUGUAAUAUCAGUUCGAUAGCUGCUUGUUUUACGUUUGCGUGGUCUGGAAUAUACAACUCCUCCAAAGCAGCCACAGCCCUCCUCUCGGAAACCUUACGCCUAGAACUCUCCCCGCUCGGCGUGCGUGUCAUAACCGCCAUGGUAGGCGCUGUAAACACACAAUUCUUCGCCGACAGGAGAGAUCUCACCCUCCCAGCCGAGUCAUUCUACCAGCCUAUCCACGAUAAGAUCGCUCGCGAGAAUAAAGGGUUACAGUAUACGACCAGCAUGAAACAGGAUGUAGAUGUGUUUGCGAAGAAUCUUGUGAAUGAUGUUGUUGGUGGUAAGAGUGGGCUGGUUUGGAGGGGGAAAUCAUCGUCAAUGAGUUGGUUGGCUUGCGCGGUGGUGCCGGGGAGUGUUUUGACGAGUAUGAUGAAUGGGAAUAAGGGGCUUGACGAGCUUGGGCGUGCUCAUGGCCCGUAG